CGAUUUCUAAUUGUUUUGCUUCUAGCUGCAACUGGCGGAGAUCACGUCCUAAGUUUAGUAGACGAAAUAUCCUUCAAAUUCCCCCCAGCUCCUCCAUUGUCACAACUGCACGAGUUGAACCAGGAUAUGUUCUGUAAUGGAGACAACCGACCAGCUAAUUGUGGACAAGAUUGUCAGUGCACACACAUGGUAGACAUACCUUUAAAUGCAAUCGUAGAAGUAGUUUUAGUAGACGAAGUACAAUCACCCAACCUCAGUCAUCCGUUCCAUCUCCACGGGUACACGUUCAACGUGAUUGGCAUUGGACGUUCUCCAGAUAAGAACAUAAAGAAAAUUAACUUGAAACACGCUCUCGAUUUGGAUCGAAGAGGUCUUCUCCACAGGCAGUUCAAUCUGCCACCAGGAAAAGACACGAUCGCUGUGCCAAAUAAUGGAUACGUUAUCUUUAGGUUUAGAGCCGAAAAUCCAGGAUUUUGGUUGUUCCAUUGUCACUUCCUCUUCCACAUAGCUAUUGGAAUGAACUUAAUUAUACACGUAGGAACGCAGUCGGAUCUGCCACCAGUACCUCACAACUUCCCCAGGUGCGGCGACCAUAAACCGCCCAUAAACUUUAAUCACUGACAGUGAAAAUAGUGCGGUUUUAGUGAAAAAGAUACUCUGACAAUUAAAUAAUGUAUGCGUGCGUGCGAAAAAGUGUUUACCGUAUUAGUAUUACUUUAUUACAAUUUUUUUUGUUGUUAAUAUUUAUUUUUUCAUAAGAGUCUACCUAACCGGGUCUUGUUAUAUUUUUGACGGUAAGUUUGAAAUGAUAACUACAGUUUUAUAAAUGUUAAU